AAGUACUCAUAUUGAUCAUGAUCGUUAGUUUAAUACUUUCUUUUCCACAGUGGCUCUGCUGCCUAUCCCUGAGGUUAUGAUCCUACAGUGUGUGUGUGAUCUCCCAGCGGUCAGACGCGCUCCUCUGCAGACAGCGGACUCCCUAUGGUCCUUUAAACUCACUGGAACCGAAGCAUGGAGUAUGCAAUGUGCUCUGUGUAAAGGUUAGGGAGGGCGGAUCACUGCUGGAUACCCCUGCCGUCCAGCACCCCGGGGUCGCGCAUUGUUUGCAGUGAAGACCCGCAUUUUCAGAUUUCCACAUAUCCUGAAAAUGGAUCCUUUACGAAAUGGGAAUAAUUGUGAGGAGGACUCCCAGUGUGCUGAGGUGGAAGAAGAACAAGUGGAUCCAAGAAUCCAGGGAGAACUGGAGAAGUUGAACCAGUCUACAGAUGACAUUAACCGCUGGGAGAGUGAGCUGGAGGACUGUCGUCAGCGGUUUCGUGCUGUGCUGGUGGAAGCAACGGUGAAACUGGACGAGCAGGUGAAGAGGAUCGGACGAGCUGUGGACGACUCCAAACCUUACUGGGAAGCCCGCAAAGUAGCAAGACAGGCCCAGGUUGAAGCCCAAAAGGCCACUCAGGAGUUCCAGCGGGCGGUGGAGAUCCUGCGGGCAGCCAAGGAGACCAUUUCCCUGGCUGAGGAGAGGCUGCUGGAGGAGGACAGCCGCCAGUUUGACUCUGCCUGGCAGGAAAUGCUCAACCAUGCCACACAGAGGGUGAUGGAGGCCGAGCAGGCGAGAACACGCAGUGAAGCUGAACACAGAAAAACAGCAGCCAAUUACAAUUCCUGUAUCAGCCACAUGAGGCAGUUAGAGAAGAAACUCAAACGCUCCAUCAACAAAUCCAGGCCGUAUUUUGAACUGAAAGCCAAGUAUUAUCUACAGCUUGAGCAACUAAAGCGCCAUGUGGAUGAGCGUCAGGCCAAAUUGGUGGUGGCUAAGGCCAACUACCGCGCAGCACUACGCAACUUAGAGAGCAUCUCUGAAGAGAUCCAUGCCCAGCGACGCUCCCUCGCCAUGGGAACCAGGGAGCAGGGUGUUGGUGCGGAGGGAGAUGGGGGCAACGAGGACAUCGCUAACUUCAAGAUGGAGUCAGACGGUCUGUCAAUGGUGUCCGUAUCAAUUGAUGAAGAGGGCAGUCACAGUUGCAGCUCAGAGGAGGAGACCGACCCUCAUUCCACCUCCUCCCCCCGAGCUAUGCCCUCCUCACCUUCCUCAUCUUCCUCCCAACCUUCCACCUCUGCCUCCACCCCUCUGGACAUGCCCUGCCCUUACCCCUCCUCUUCGUUCCACACCUCCUGCUCGUACCUCUCCUCCUCUUCCUCUUCCUCCGUCCACUCCUCCUCCUGUCCCGGUGGACUGGAGUUAGCGAGCCCAUGUAGCUCUCAUGACCCAGACUCAGUGUGGGGUUCAGGGCAUGCCUCACCUCUCCUGGGCCCCCGCAGCCAGUGCAGUGGAGCUUCCUCUCCAGACUGUGACCAGGAGAGAGGUGACAGAGCAGAGGGAGCCGAGGCGACGCUAGAAGCCGGUUUAAACAAGCUAACAUUGACUGUAGCACAAAAACAAGAGGGGGACUCUGGGGAUGAACAAGACUCCCAUUUUAUUAACCCUGAAACUUCCUCUCCCAGCUCAGCCACUACCAUUCUGUUACUUAACAGUGUCUAACGAACGUCUGUCACACUUAAAACACUCACUGUGCCCAGCUUCAAGCCUCAAACUGGACUCUGUGGCAGAAGACGUGGAGCACCGCAGGAUGAAAUGCUCAAUCUGAGCAAAGAUAGAGCAACCUGCACACUCUAAGCUCCAUCCAACCUGACAUUAUGUCUCCAUAUGGUCUAAACAUCUGAUGGUGUCAUAUUAAAGGUGCUAUACGUAGUGUAUUUAAACAUCAGUAUGUCAUUGUCAAAUACAUUGUGAACCUAUAUUGUAAACAAAUGAAAGCAGGGACAGUGGGAUUGGUCUCUAUUGGUAUUAUUAGUGCUAGCAUUAUUCAAAAGACUGCAUUUCCCAUAAACCUCCUUGCUUCCUGUUGCAAAGAGGAUGUGGCUUGUUGUCACUGACCCAGUUUCACUAGCUCUGUUUUUGCUAAAAGAAAAACAUGUCUAUUUUGUGCCACAAAGAAGUGUGUGUUGUACAGCAGAAUAGCACAUUUUCUUUACUUUGGCAUAUUGUACAGGUUGUUACUACAAUAAUGGUAUUACCUAUCUGCAGCUUUAUAGUAAUGUGUCAAAGUGAAUGUGGUAAACAUUUAGCCUGUUGACAUGACAACAGUUGGCACCAUUAAGUCAGCAGUAAGCCUCUUUUUGGAUCUGAAUCACCACAAGAUGAUCAAAAUGGGACAACAUAAUCAGUUGGAUGUUGGAUUAUGUCUUGUUCUGCCUUCAUUACUGAGCUCCCUCUGUAGCUCCGAAAUGUAAAGUUGAAAUGUAGGAUGUGGAGAAUAUUGUGGAGGAAUAGUUAUCAAGGAGAAAGUGGAGUGCAAGCAGUACUCUGAGCACUAAACUAAGAAGAAAAGAAGAGACUGAACACAAAUGGUCUUCCAUUUGGAUUUGUGAAUAAGUGAGUGAAUGUUUUGAGUGCAGCUCACCAUCUUAGGUGGCGGUGAUUGAACUAAUGAUUUUUUGAGUGUUGUCUGUUGUGUUUUAGAAAAAGGCUCAAAUACUACCCUGUAGCACAGAUGUAUAUUUAUACUAUAAUAAUUUAUACUCUAAUGUCAUGCUCUAAACUUACACUUUUGUUUGUCUGGGGAGUUGGCAGAACUCAUACACAAUAGCAGGGGUUACAGGAACCUGAGUUCUCUCACACACAGCUGUCCCUUACUGCCACAGUUGAGUGUAUUGCCUGCUUUGCGCACUAACAAUGACUUAUUUCAACAUUUUGGGAAAUACACGUAUUCCCUAUUUUGUCGUGAGUCAAAUGAGAAGAUUGAUACCACUCUUCAAAUGUUUGUGCAGUGUGUAAAAACGACAAUUGGCCGUUUUAAAGGGGUUAUGUGUUUGACCGUCAAUAGGCUCUAAGUAGUUGCCAGGCAGCCAGCAGAGACUCCAGAAAGAUACUGCUCCCAGCAAAGAAAUAGUCCCGCGAGUAAGCGUAUUUCCCAACCUGUCAAAUGAUUCCUUUAAAGUUAAAGGAACAGAUUUUCCCAGAAAGACCUUUUUAGCAGUGACUUUGCUGAAUCAGAAUCUUUCAGCAGCAGGAAUUAGAAGCCUUAACCUGUGAAAUCAUAACAUUAUAUUUACUGUAUUGGAAGGCUGGUUAAAAGUCUGAAACUGAUUUGUCACAAUAUUCACCUGACUGCAUUAUAAUGUGUACAGAUAUGAGGUGCAACUUCCCUUUUUCUCCAGUCUUUUCAGUCCUUUUUCACCCACACAGUACCUUAAACAUGAUAUAUCAACUGAUAUAAGCUAAUUGCUGAUAUAAUGUAUUAGCCAAUAUGAUGAACAAAAGGCUACUGUAAGUAACAUAUGUAAUUGCAGUACAAAAUGCCAAUGAAAUGUUUGAGGUCAUUUACAGAUAGUGUCUUUAUUUUAUAGUUUGUCCUUCAGAGAGCACUGACAAGUGUCCAGGUCAGUUCCUUAAUUUUUUUUUUUAUAUUCAUGAUUUUUUUUUUUUAAUUAAAAAUGUUUGCUUAUGCCAUGUGUUCAUGUGAAAAUGUAAUAAUGGCAGACAUAUGGUUCAGAUGUUUGUAAACUCUCAAAUAUGAAGUCCAGUAUCAGAUGUCUAAACUAACAGAAAUACAGUAGGCGUACUGAA